AUGCGUCAGUACCUUGAUCACGGACAUGGUACUACAGAACGACCCCUGAUCAUGUUCGGACAAUCGGGGCAAGGGAUCGUCGGCCUCUACAUCGGAGAGAACCUCCUCAACCAAGGCAUGUCAUCUGCCUUGCGGAUCUUCGAAGACAGUCUCGCGAAUCCCAACGUGUCGGCCCCCAGCAGUGGUAUGCAGCUUUGCGGACCUGAGUAUGACAGUGCAGACAUAUUCGGCAUCAUGGUCACCAGCAAUGCGACCUUUACCCCUAGUCAAAACGCAAUCAAGACAUGGGCCAACGCAACAUGCCUGCCAUUCUCGGAGUCUUCCAGACUUUCCGGUCAGGCGACGUUUGUGAUGCCGCUCUUGGCCAUGAAUGGCACCGCCAACGCAACGAUGCACAACAACGCGACGCGUCCGCAAACACAAAAACGACACUCUCGGCAUAUUGCGUACCACACCAAUCGAAGCACACUAAACUCACGUGCUGAGUGCAAGGUUGUUCAGGUCGAGUCCGGGGACAGUUGUGCGGCAUUGGCUGCCAAGUGUGGCAUAUCGCCUACCGACUUCACCAAGCACAACUCUGCGCCAAGCUUUUGCGCCAAGUUGAAGCCUAAGCAACGUGUUUGCUGCUCUAGUGGAAGCCUGCCGGACUUUAGUCCUAAGCCCAACACGGAUGGCUCGUGUCAUGCGUACCAAGUCAAGACGAACGACAACUGCGACAACCUUGCUGCCGAAUACAGUCUCACGAGGCAAGACCUUGAAGACUUCAACAAGAAGACCUGGGGCUGGAAUGGCUGCAAACUUUUGUUUAUCGAUACGAUUAUGUGUCUCAGCACAGGCACGCCACCGUUCCCUGCCCCAAUCGCUAAUGCGGUAUGUGGACCACAGAAGCCAGGAUCGAAGCCUCCGACUACUAGCACAAAGAUCGCUGAUCUUAAUCCCUGUCCUCUGAAUGCCUGUUGCAACAUCUGGGGUCAAUGCGGUAUCACCAAAGAGUUCUGCGUCGAUACGAACACUGGAGCCCCCGGAACCGCUAAACCCGGAACUUACGGUUGCAUAUCGAAUUGUGGUACCGACAUUGUCAGAGGCAAUGGAAACGGUGGGAUCAAGAUUGCCUACUUCGAGGGUUACGGCAUGACACGAGAGUGCCUGUUUCAAGAUGCGUCCCAGAUUGACACGUCGCAAUACACGCACGUCCACUUCGCCUUUGGCACCUUGACUUCCAACUUCGAGGUAGAAGUCGGUGAUAAGCUAUCCACGUAUAACUUUGGUGAAUUCAAACGCAUCAAGGGAGCAAAAAAGAUUCUUUCUUUUGGUGGCUGGGCCUUCUCGACUGAGCCUGCGACAUAUUCGAUAUUUCGCGAUGGUGUCACAUCUGCUAAUCGCAUGAAGAUGGCUGUCAACAUUGCACUCUUCAUCGAGAUGCAUGACCUCGAUGGUGUCGACAUCGACUGGGAGUACCCAGGAGCCCCAGACAUCCCCGGUAUACCCCCUGCUAGCAAGGCAGACGGCCCUAACUACUUGGCCUUUCUUGCCGUGCUAAGAAAUCUUCUCCCUUCAUCCAAGACGGUUUCCAUCUGUGCGCCUUCUUCGUACUGGUACCUGAAACAAUAUCCCAUUGAGAGCAUCGGCAGAGUCGUGGACUACAUUGUCUACAUGACGUAUGACCUUCAUGGUCAAUGGGAUGCAGGUAAUGCACAUUCGCAAGAGGGAUGCGACUCAGGCAACUGCCUACGUAGUCAGGUGAAUUUGACAGAGACGAAACAAUCUCUAGCCAUGAUUACCAAGGCUGGUGUUCCGGGCAACAAGGUCAUUGUUGGUGUCACUAGUUAUGGGCGAUCUUUCAACAUGGCUGAAGCGGGAUGUUGGGGCGCCGAUUGCUUGUACACUGGUAGCCAAAUGAACUCAGACGCCACCAAGGGGAAGUGCACCAACUCAGCCGGGUACAUCGCCGACGCUGAGAUCGCUGAGAUAAUCGAAGGCCAGAAAAGAGCGGGCCGAGUUGUCCAGCAAUUUCUGGACACCAGCAGCAACAGCGAUGUUCUGGUCUACGACGACACCCAAUGGGUUAGCUAUAUGAGUAGCAAGACGAAGCAGACCCGAUCAACCCUGUACUCAGCUUGGGGAUUAGGCGGUACGACUGACUGGGCUACUGACCUGCAAACAUUCAACGAUGUCCCGAAACCGGCAAAGAGCUGGGCAGAUUUCAAGCUCAAGGUCAAAUCUGGAGAAAGCCCCUACUCUGAUGACUCCCGGAACGGUGACUGGACUACACACGAUUGCACGGACAAAUAUAUUGAGUAUCCAUUCGACUACCCACACACUGAACGUUGGAAGGGACUAGAUACAGACGGUGCCUGGAAAGACAUCGUCAGAAUUUGGAGAGACAACGACGUAGACAGGGACGAGAACGGCAUCGGCAGCUUCACGUUUUCGAACUCCAUUACCAACACCCUGAAAAUCUCAACAAUGGAAUGCGGAGAUAUUUCGUUGAGUUCCAAUUGCGCGUCAACCGGAGGCGAUUCGUGCCCCAAGGGUCUGGAUGGUCCACUUUCAGGGGCCGCGGGGUCUCUCAUCUUCGAAUCAAUCCUCACGAUUCACAACAUGUACAUGGACUAUAAAGACGCUAUCCUUGAUGUUGCAUCAACCAUGAGUUUUAGCAUGGGUAAACUUAUGGUAAGCGAAGCAUGGUACGAGCAUUUUCAUGAACAAAAGCUAAUCGCAAAGCAGAACACUUUUGCGCCCAUAAAGAAAGAGGACGACACUAUACUUUUGCUUUUAAUCGAUCUGGUCACUCUUGGAACUCUGUCGAUUGCUGGGCCCUUCUUCAACAACAUCAUCAAGAACAUACCCUACUUCAAGGGUGGUUCUGCUUUCGACAACGCCAAGGAUACCACCAUGAACUUGAUCGGACAGAGCACGACUAUCGCCAAAGAUGUGAAACCCUCAAAACCGGAUGAAUGGAACGAAGACGGUCAGAACGCCUUUGCGGAUGCCCUGGCCCGAAUGUUCAAAGCCUGGGCCGAUGUAGCUAAGGAAUCUCUGAAAACUCUCUUCAACGGCUCAGAUCCUUCCAUUGCUAUGCUCUGGGAUACCAUGUCUGAUGGAAAGCUUAUCACGGGUAGACCGCCGAAGUCGGAUGAUCAAUCAGGGCCGCGGCAGAACGCUAGCAAGCCCGCGCUGAGAGACAGCAUUGAGAAAUCUGUCUUCGCAUUCGCUAUUCCCGCGCUGUGGAGGAACUCCAAUAGAUACGCCUUCGUGAUGGACUCCGGCUACGGUUGCGGUGAUGACAAGGCGCUCAGCGACUACCUCAGCGACGACACUAUGAGAGCAACAGGCGCCUGCAUCGACGGAAAACAGUAUUAUCUGGUCCACCCAGAUGGAGAUGCCUCGAAGCAGGGAUGCGUUUUUGACAAGCCGAACCCAAAUCAAUGCGAUGUUAAGACUAUAAACAACAAAUUCUCGACGCCACCAGGGCUUGGCUCACUGGAUGGAGCCGCAUUUGGAAGAGUUACCAAGGAAGACUUGAUCAAGGGCUCUGUCCGCACCUACGUCUACAACGGCAAGAAGAACGUUAUCAAGGGUCCAAACGUGGACGACAAAAGUGUCCAAAAUAACCUAUUGGACGGCGACAUUACGGCUCCUGGCUUCAUACAACUUCCCGUGUGCAGUCCUGAACGCGCGUUUCAAUCCUGGGAUUCUUCCAGCAAGGGAUCCAGUACAUUCUACCCCUGCGACCUUCCACCAGGCAAGGACCAUUGCGGCGAGACGACGUUUGAGAACCAAGGCAGCGACGCAUCCCCCAAGGUCGAGGACUGCCGCCAGAUUAUCAAGAACAUCCAGGGUGACGGCAACACUGAGUGGACAGUCCAGACCGCCGGCUUGAGGCAGCGCGCGAUUGCCAAGGCAAGUGGUUGUUCUUUCGGCGUUGAAGCUACCAAUCUCAAUGGCAACAUUGACUUCGAAGUCGGUGGUCAGGAUGUCAUAGACGUCAUCAAUGAAGCCAUCCAGAAGUUCGGUGGGGGCGGCAGAAUCGGUGCCAAGGGAGAGAUGAAGUGCAGAGGCAACGUGGUCAAGCAGAAUGUCAAGUGGGGUAUUUACUAG